AGAGCGGGCAUGCCAGGCUGCGAGGCCAUAGAGAAGAGCGGAGGAGCGUUGGUACGUGAGGCGGUUCGGGUGAUUCCAGCAGUCAUCCAGGCCAGUCGUCGUCGUCUUCCUCCGGUGGGUGGAAAUAAAUCGGCAUCGGGGCCGAGCAUCGACUCGGUCCCGGUGAAGAUUAAUUCCUUCUCGGUCUAAUUUUUCUUUCAGUUCCUUCUUGCCUCCAGCUGUGCUCCUGGAUCCAUCUAUUCGAUGCAUGCUUGCUUGACCUUGCCUCUGUUUGCUUUUUUCUGAAGUCCAUCUUACUUUGGAAGGCCUGGGUUUCGAUUGGGGUGGCCGGAAAUGGGAGUUCAGGUCGCUGGGACCUGCUCGCAUUGGUCGUCGCAGCUGUUGCCCGCCCAUGCCCCCUCUUCUUCCUCCCACAUUUUGGCCUCCUUUUUCUCCCCCCUCUGCUCCUGGGGAGGUGGAGGCAUCAUCUCCGGCGAUCGCACCCUCCCGUAUCACGUCGCCGACCACCACCGCCGAUCGCCCUUCCUCGGGUCCAGGUUGCUGCCCAGGAAUCGAUCCUCGGAGAUCCUGAAAGGAAGGGGAAGGCGAAGAACAGAGCAAAACCUACGGAGGGCUUCCAGCGCGAGCCUUGAAAGUUUCGCUUAUAACAACGACGACGAGGAGGAAUUCGUGACGAGGCUCCAGGAAUUAGCCUUCCAACUCGAGCAACUAGAGGAAGACGAUGGCACGGAAUCCAGGAUCCACUCUGAAUCUAGGAGAAAUCAAGAAGCAGAGAGCAGAUGCGGCGCUAGUACUAGCUAUGAUGAUGCCUUCUCCUCCACCUCCUACUCUUUUUCUUCUUCUUCUUCCCUACUAUCCUCCUCUGAGCCCUCGGCCGAUCACCCCUGUCUCUCCGGCUGGCUGGAGCCGCCGGACUGGCCGGCUAGCAUGGAGCGGAAUGCCAACAGCGUGGAUCUGCCGCUCUCGCUGCGUAUUAUCAAGCGGAAGAAGCAGCAGCGGUGGGUGGAGGGGUCCUCGUUGAGGGAGGCGACUUGCUGCUCCGUGAAGAAGGCCUUCUCCUCCAUGGUGUUCAUCGUCCAGGAGCUUCAUAGCUUCGCCCUGCAAAUGCGACAGACCCUCUUCUACGAGGAUAUCCAGGGGAUCCUAGCCAGGGUCCAGCAGGAGAUCCAUGCUUCCUUCGUCUGGCUCUUUCAGCGGAUCUUCUCCUGCACCCCGACCCUCAUGGUCUCCCUCAUGCUCCUCCUUGCCAACUACACCGUCUACUCCAUGGGCCACUCCGCCAUCGCCGCGCCCAAUUUUGCGCCGCCCCACCGAUCGGCCGCCGUCAUCACCCAGCACCAGCAGGAGAGUAAAAACCAGCCGAGGUUCGAUCAUUCCUCCAUCAAAACAUUCUCAGUCACCGGGAGAACGGCCGCCGUCGGAGGGAGCGGCGGAGGCGGCGGACGGAAGGUGAGGCCGGUGGCGGGGGCCACGGAUGACGGACGCUCCGACGGAUCCUCUUCGUCGUCGUACCGCAGCCACACGAUUCCUCCCGACGGGAUCGCGACGGCCCCGGCGACAGGAGGCGGAGAGGAGGAGAAUUCGUCCGCUGCAGUGGAAGAGGAGGCGGCAAGGACUUGGAGCAAAACAGUGGAGGAAGCUUCUAGUAUGCAAGCUAGCUCGAGGGACGGGGCGCUGAUGGACCCCGACACGUUGAAGCGGCUGGUGUCGCCCGUUACGGUGGAGUUGGAACCGGAUGAGUGCUCGGACUACCUGCGGACGGAGCUCAACUACGAGCAGUUUCUGGCCCAAGAGCCCGACAAUCCCCUCCUCCUCUCCAACUUCGCCCAGUUCCUCUAUCUCGUCCUCCACGACCACGACAGGGCCGAGCAUUACUUCAAGAGGGCGGUGCGAACGGAGCCGGUGGACGCGGAGGCGCUCAGCCGUUAUGCGAGCUUCCUGUGGCUAGCGCGGAAGGAUCUGGCAGCGGCGGAGGAGAGCUACUUGGAAGCCAUCGCCGCGGAUCCCGGCAACACCGUCCACGCCGCCAACUACGCGCAUUUCCUGUGGAGCACCGGAGGCGAGGACACCUGCUACCCUCUCGAUGCCAACGAUGCGUAGGCGGCGGCAAAGCAGCAGCGAAGAAAAGGGCGGCAUUCGAGCGGCGGACAAAACAUAAAGAAGGGGACAUGGCAUUUAUAUUAGUAUGAGAAUAUCGUAGCAGCGAGAUGUCGUACUUAUACACGCUCGGAAAGGUGGUGGCAGCAAUCAUGCACCGCCUUCUCUUGGAUUGUCAGGGACGCGGAGAGCGCGAGGUAGCGUUCAUCCCGAUCGAGGGAAAUGAUCCUUUGCGAGGGCAUGAGCUGGGAUGACUACCAGGCGGCAAUUUUCUUCCCGUGGCGGGUGUGGCCCGGUGAGUCAUGAGCUCUUCUUUUAAGACUUUUGCCUACUGGCGUGGGGAUGGGUCCGCUGGCCUCUCGCCGCUGCUGCGUGAUCUCCGUGCAAGACUUUUUGUGUAUCUCUGUUCUCAAAAGAAAAUACUGUGCAUCUCUUGAGAACCGAGUGGGAGCCUACUCCCAAGUGGAUUGCUUCUUGUAAUUAGCACCGACUUUAAAAAACAGGAAAGUCUUCCUUGCUUCCAUUC